GCGUGAUUUUAAACUGUAAUUGUCAUACUUUUUACAGGUUAAGUCCAUAAUUAUUUUUUAAGAGAUAACGGUUUAUUUCUUCAAUUGAUUGUUUACAAAAUUUUGCAAAUUAUGUAUGUCAAGAUUUGAUCAAAGGAAGUUUCAAUUCAAAGUUUAGUCAGAAGAAGUUAACGUAGAAUCAUUCACAUUUACUAAGGACGAAGACAGAAUAGUUUACAUAGCUAUUGUCAAAGUAACUCAAAACUUUAUUAUACGUCGUGUGACAUCCUAAAAAGUUUUUCAUAACUCUAUUUAGAAUAAAUUCAUCAUUUGAAGACUUUUAACUAGAUCCUCGAAAGGAGAGUACGAUAGAAGUAGAAGAUGUUCUUAGAUCACAUAGCGUCUCAGUUAUUAGUCUUACUCUCAGUAGUAAGACUUUCAUUAUCUUACCCUUAUCAAGCACAAUCUAUACUCAAACAUGAACUGAAGAUUACCCCAAAAAUUGUCAUAGUUUCAAUGUUUCAACCUGAAGAAGAAGCUUGGACUACUAAAAUCGAUUUCAAACACAACAUCACCGUUCCAGGUUUAUCCCCUAUGUAUCCUUAUUUUAGAUGUGUUAAAGAUUAUUCUAUUUGUCAAUUCACUACUGGUGAAGGAGAAAUAAAUGCCGCCACAUCUGUUGCAUUCCUUUUAUCUAAUGCUCAAUUAUUUGAUUUUUCAAAAUCAUAUUGGUUGUUGGCUGGUAUUGGAGGUGGUGAUCCAUCAAAAGUAACUACUGGUUCAGUUACUUUUGCUAAAUAUGCUAUUCAAGUAGGUUUACAAUUCCAAAUAGAUUCUCGAGAACUAAUCGACUCUCAUCCUGAUUGGCCCGCUGGUUAUUUCAGUUAUGGAGCUCAAAAUCCAUGGGAUUAUCCUGAUUCAGUAUAUGGUACUGAAAUAUUUGAAGUUAAUGAGAAAUUAAGAGAUCGUGCAUUAUUAUUAUCUCAAAAUCAUGGUACAACAUUAAACGAAGGUACUGAACAAAAUAUCAAUUUACGUCAAUUAUAUGAAUCACCAGCCAAUAAUCCUCCUCAAAUCUUAGCUUGUGAUGUGACUACGAGUGAUAAUUAUUUCACCGGUUCAAUAUUAGCUGAUUAUUAUAAUAAUUUAACCACUAUUUUAAGUAAUGGUACUGCCAAUUAUUGUUCAUCAGCUCAAGAAGAAAAUGCUUCAUUAGAAGCAUUCAUAAGAAUGGCCAAAGUAGGUGUUAUAGAUUUUGAAAGAAUAGUUAUAAUGAGAACUAUAUCUAAUUUCGUUAAAAGUCCAACUAGUCUACAUAUGGAUCCUAUUGACUUUUUCCUCAAUUAUCCUAAGGGAGGUUUCCAACAUGCUUUAGAUAACUUGUAUAUAGGAGGAUGGCCAUUUGUGGAAGAUGUAGUUAAUAACUGGGAUUCAAUGUAUAAAGAAGGACAUGAUUUCAAACCAGAUAAUUAUAUUGGAGAUAUCUUUGGAACCUUGGGUGGUAAACCAAAUUUUGGUAAAGACAAGUAUAGUAUCAGCUGAUCAGUAGUUUAUCUUUAUUAUAUAGUAGUAUAUAACUAAUUAAUAUUUAUAGAUCAUCAUUUUAGUUAAUACCA